CAAAUGCACCAGCGACAAAGUACUCCCAAGCAAGACACAAUUUGAUACUAUCCAAGUAUCGAGCCGAUAAUCCUUACAAUGCUUCCUCAGCGAAUUGUAAGGGCUUCGGCUCUCCGGUCGGCAUCGCUAGCAUCGCGAAGAUUACCCAUUAUCCAACAACGUACAUUUCUUCCAAAGUCAUUUAAUGACCGCGCAGUCAUCGACGAGAAGUUCCCAGAUAGGGUAGAACUCACAGAUGCUGAAGAUCCGGGCAUGAACGGUGGCUAUAUUAACCCCCCGGCCAUUAAGCGACAGUUUCGCGAUCCAUAUGGGGACUGGUGGGAUAAGCAAGAGCGAAGAAACUAUGGAGAGCCGGCCCAUGAGGAUAAUGACAUUCUCGGCAUGUUCUCUCCGUACGAAUACACAUGGGUCUCCCCUGGAAAGGGACUACUGCAAAUUGGCGCAUUUAUCGCUACCUUCGUCGGAGUAUGUUGGAUGGUGGGUAGGGUAUAUCCUGACAAGAAGUCUUUCCCUCGGGAAUUUGAAGGUGGUCUCGAACGAGAACUAGGCGGUGCUGGUGCUUUAAGGGCAAGAGCUCCUGGCGACCCAGAACCAUAUCAGAUUGAAGAGGCAGAAGAAGAAUAAAGAUGUUUGUACAUAUAUUAGGGCGGCUUUGCUCGGAGAUACUAAACAUGACCCAGAUCAUCUUGACAGAGGGACUACUAGAUGAACAUGCAAGUUUGUCAAGGCUAGUCAUCCUAUAGACAAUUGUCUCAACUUUUCCGAGUUGCAUGCUAUAACUAUUGCAAGCCCUAGCAAUUCAUGUCUUCAGCGUUGAAUUGAUUAUUGGACUACAUGCUCAAUAUGUACAUGUUCAAUAUGCAAGGUGCUAUCCAUUGCUCUGUAAGAGUUGGCGAAAGGAGAGCUAUUACUUGCUUGCUUACCUUGAAUUCCAAUUUCCCGAGUUCGUCACUUACAAAA